AACCGCAACAAAUCAAAACGAGCCGCAAUCGCAGCGCAGAGGCAAAGCCGUCCAUCUCUCUCAACGCCGCCGCCGCCGCCCCGCCCCGCCCCAGACCCUACCCUCCACCUCCAGUCCCUCGUCCCAGCGCGACCGAUUCUCCUCGAUCCAGCACUGAUCCGGCGGCUUCCCGGCCCGGCCAUGGAUUUGCUGGCGUCCUUGGCCGCCGAGGAGCGGUGGCUGUUCCCGUUGUUCCUCGCCAUGUACGCCGCCAUCUACUGCGUGGGCCAGCUCCUCGUGUUCCGGCGGUGGGCGCCGCGGCAGCGGCUGGACGGCGCCAGCUGCCUGAUCUCGCUCUUCCACGGCACCCCCGCGGCGCUGGCCGCCGCGGGGGCCAUCCUCGCGCUGCCCGCGGGGUCCCGGUCCUUCGCCGCGCCCAACGCGCGCCUCCAGGACCACGUCCUCGACUACAGCGUCGCCUACUUCACCAUGGACCUGCUCCACUACCUCGCCUUCCUGCCCGGGGACGUGCUCUUCAUCGCGCACCACCUGGCCACGCUCUUCGUCUUCCUCACCUGCCGCUACCUCGUCCGGCACGGCGCAUACGCGCUCCUCGUCCUCCUCCUCCUCGCCGAGGUCACCAGCCUGCUGCAGAACGUCUGGACGCUCGCGGGGAUCUGGCGGGACCAGUCCCCCGCCGCCGCGCGCGUCUACGGUGCCCUCUCGCCGCCCUUCUACGCGCUCUACACGCUCGUCAGGGGCGUCGCCGGCCCGCUCUUCCUCCUCAAGAUGGCCGCCUUCUACCUGUCCGGCCAGGCCGUCGACGUCAUCCCGUGGUGGGUGCGGAUCUCCUGGAUCCUCGUUGUCGGCACCGCCAUUGCCGUCAGCAACCUGUGGAUUUGGAACCUCUGGAAGGAGCUCGUCAGGGAAUGGAAGCAAGCCCCUUCCAAGUCAAAGAAAGACACAUAGGCUGCCACCUCAUUCUAACCACAGUACCAUACCAUGUACGGGUGUACGAACCAUAUGUAGCUUCUUAAUCUUUCCAAAUACAUCCGAGCCAGAUGAUGCAGACUGAUGAUAUGCUAAAAGCCAAUUUCGGAUGACAAUUGGUGGAGGAUGCUUAUCUG